UAAUGUGUGUGAGCCGAGGGGCCGGAAAGCACCUUUUUUUUCUCCUGCUGACGACACGACGGUGACUGUGCGUCCGUACAGGAGCCAUCAUCAUCACCACCACCACCAUCAUCAUCAUGUUUACCUGAACGCGGAUAACGGGGCUGACAAAUGGCCUAGAAAUAAACAGAAAUAACACCUGCGGCUCGCGACCGUUCACAGAACAGGAUCUGCUCGCCGUUUCCUAAAGGCUCUGUGUCUCGUGAGGAGCCAGGGAAAACCGCUCCAAAUGUCAACUUGUGCAGUGACAGACUUCAACAAUGGCUUGGAGGCCAGUUCCGACUCAGAUGACGAGGACAAGCUACACAUUGUGGAGGAGGACAGCCUGCAGGAGCCGGAGGUCGCCAACGCCGAUGGGACCAAAACGCAAGACAGCCAUGGCGCCACGACAAGCCCAGUAUUACCACACAACGGUUCCUUAAACGGAGUGAAGGAGGAGUAUGUGUCAGAAGAAGAAGAGGAGGCUGAGAAGGAACCUCUAGUGGAGGAGAUCCUCCAGCAGGGAGACACAGCCGUCAUCUAUCCUGAAGCCCCUGAGGAUGAGCAGAGUCCAGCAGAGACAGGAGGCGCUGAUGAAAACGGCACACCAGAUUCCUUCUCCCAGUUGCACACCUGCCCGUACUGCUCGCGGGGCUACAAGCGCAACGCCUCGCUGAAGGAGCACAUCAAGUAUCGCCACGAGACCAGCGAGGACAACUACAGCUGCUCGCACUGCAGCUACACAUUCACGUACCGCUCGCAGCUGGAGAGGCACAUGAGCCACCACAGGGGCACCAGGGAGCAGCGUCACGUUACCCACAGGCCGACAGGUGGAUCAGAAGGAAAAGGUGGAACCCGCAAGUUCAUGUGUACCGAAUGUUCCAAGGCCUUCAAAUACAAGCACCACCUGAAGGAGCACCUGCGUAUUCACAGUGGUGAGAAACCAUAUGAAUGCUCAAACUGCAAGAAGCGAUUCUCCCACUCAGGCUCCUACAGCUCCCACAUCAGCAGUAAGAAGUGUGCAGCAACCCCCAAUGGCGUCCCUCGAUUGCCAAUCAAAUCUCCCCCACCCACCACUCAGACCACACCGGUCGUAAUUGCUCCAGCCCGCAUGAUUCUCAAAGAGAAGACUGACAGCAAGCCCCUCCAGGAGCAGCUCCCCAUCACCCAGAUCAAAUCUGAACCUGUGGAAUACGAGUGCAAGGCCAUGAUGGCGGCACCGGCAACUUCAGCUGGUACCAACGGAGUGGUGAAUGGAGGGACUGCACAGCCAGCUGUGGUUCCAGCUGCAACCUUGCCUCAGGGCGUGGCUAUGGUGGUGCCAGCCGUCGGCCUCAUGUCGCCCAUCAGCAUCCAGUUGAACGACUUGCAGAAUGUGCUCAAAGUGGCGAUGGAUGGAAACGUGCUCAGACAGGUGCUGGGCACAGCUAACGGGGUGGUGACACAGGGAAAGCAGGGAAUCGUAGUUCAGCAGCCCCAGCAGCAGAUCAUCAGCCUGCCGGCCUUUGUGGAUCAUGACGGCACCACGAAGAUCAUCAUCAACUACAGCAUCAGCCCCGCAGCCGCUACCACUGCCACAGGCCAGCCUGCACCGCUCGUUGCCAAAACCAAUCCUGCUCCCCCUCCCACUGUCACCACUGCUGCAGCCCCAACCCCCACCAAGACAGACAGACCCUCGACCCCAGAGGUGGCCGACCUCUCCAUUGUAAAGGCCGAGCCCGAAUCGGUAGCCAUCCCAGACAUGGAGACAGAGGCAGCCACGCAGACAGAAAUGGAACCUGUCAAGACUUCAUACACCCAAAUAGCGCACAUGCCAAAAGUCAACAGCUCCAGUUCGUGUUUACUCUGCGAUGACUGUCCCGACAACCUGGAGGCGCUACACCUCCUCCAGCACCGCAAAGCAGCCAAUGGGGAGGCCGUUGACUCGGCCGCGUUGGACCCCUCAUUCGCCGCUCUGCUCAGCGAGGCAGGGGUGACGCUGGAGGAGCCGCCUGUGGACGACCUGCUCUCACUCCUCAAGACCUACUUUGCCUCCAAUGCCAAACCCAGCGAAAAGGAGCUGUCCAAGAUAUCGGAGUCUGUCAGGAUUCCCGUGGAUGUGGUCAGAAAGUGGUUUGCCAAGAUGAACUCUGGGAAAAACGUGGGCAAAUAUCGCAGUGGCGCUACAGCAGUUUCCAAAAAGACUGAAACCUCGAGUCUCAGCUCGGAGGAAGCCUCGAAUCAUAAUGGUGAGGCAGAGGAGGACAGCUCCCAAGAAACCUCCAACAAAGCCUCAUCCGAAUCUGGCAGCACGUCUCCAUCAGAUUCCUCACCACUAAGCCUCAAUGCCGGGGACCUCGUCAUCGUUAAGAGCGAGCCAGAAGACCCUGACGCCCAGGACUCCCAGGCCGAGCCGCUCGACCUCUCCCUCCCUAAACACAUCGCAGCAGCACUGGAGAUGGCCCAGCCCCCCGCCAAGCAGCAGGAGCACCCCCUGAACCUGACCUGCCUGAGGAAGGAGCAGCUAGACGGGCGAACCUUCUACGUCAACAAGACCGGAGGGCCCGUCAACAUCGUCACUACCACACAGCUGCCCACGUUAGUGGCCAUCGGUGGUCAGGGCGCGGUGAGCUGUCUCAGCGCCAUCAACACCACGACCAAACGCACCAUCCUCAUCCCCCAGCUCACCUACACCUAUGCCACUACAGCCGGCAGCGCCACCGGAGCAAAGACUGUCGUACUGAACGGCCACACGCAGGGAAAGAGGCUGGAGAGCAGCUCUGACACCGUCUCCACGGUGGAGGAGCAGAACGACUCGGACUCAGCCGCGCUGAUGAAGAAGCGGCGGCUGGAAAACGGCGUCUACCCAUGUGACCUUUGCUCCAAAGUCUUCCAGAAGGGCAGCUCCCUGCUUAGGCACAAAUAUGAACACACAGGAAAGCGGCCCCACGAGUGCAGCAUCUGCAAGAAAGCCUUCAAACACAAACACCACCUGAUCGAGCACUCGCGGCUGCACUCCGGUGAAAAACCCUACCAGUGCGAUAAGUGCGGCAAGCGUUUCUCCCACUCGGGCUCAUACUCCCAGCACAUGAACCACCGCUACUCCUACUGCAAGAAGGACGGGCCAAGCUCCGGCUCGGGGCCACGUGAGGUUCAGUCGGAGCUCGGCAGCCCCCUCGGCGCUGGGCCGCAGUCGGACAGCCGGACCACGACCCCUCCCUCCCAAAUGGACUCAGACGAGAGGGAGAGCGAGGAUGAGGACGACGAGGCCAUGUGCAUGGACGACAUCCGGGUGGUGCAGGUGGACGACGGCGAGUGCGAGAUAUACGAGGGCAACUUUGAGGAGGACGAGGACGGCGAGGAGAUGGCGGAGGAAGACACGGCCGGAGAGGAAGAGGCAGACGGAGACAAGGUGGACAACGAGUUUGUUUGUGACGUGGUGGAGGUCGAGCUUGAGGACGGUCACGUGGAGGACAAAGAGACGGAGGAAAUGACUGAAGAGAAGGAGGAAGCGGCAAGCACGGAUACAGAGGAACUGGCAGACUGUGAAGCAAAUACGGACAAAAGCAUCAGGGAGGGCUCAGACAGCGUUAAAUUCACAGAGGAAGUGGUGACAAACGCCAAAUAAAAUGAUGGAAAAUCUCUUCGGGACAGCUCAAAAUGCCUCGGUUAUGACAUUUCAAGUUAAUUCAGACAAAGCCGCAGAAAAGUCAAGAAAGUCACGGCGGUUGCCUGAUCUUAACGGUCCACUACUGUGUACAAAAACCCAGGUGUGCCUGAACUUGAAAAAAAAAAAAAAAAAAAGUGACUUUUUUUUCUUGUGGAAAUGAAAUAUCAGUGUUAAAAUUGUUUAUAGAAGUCCAGAUUUUAAAGCAGAAUUCACCCAUCAACGUGUUAGACUUGUUACUGAGACAUACCAGGUUGUUUUUGUUUGUUUGUCUGUUUUCAUUUAGUCAGUGUUACUAAUCUUGUUUGAAAACAUUUUAACCUGUAAAGAUGAGAGAUUUCUAUACCUUUUUAUUGCCAAUGAAGUUUCCUAAAUCAGUAUUUUAUUGAGUUCUACGAACAAAAACCUCUGCACUACAGUAUUCCUGGUUUACCUAUGGAUACAUGCCUCAUGCAUCGUAUGCCCUUCAGUGUUAUAUACGCUAGAUAGAUACACUAGCUAGCAAGAUGUUGUUUGUGUUAGUGUUGGCUAGUUAGCAUUACUUUAGUUUUCAGUUUGACUGUUAGCCUUAAGGAAAACAAAGUAUUCUUGGGGAGGAUUGUGGGCGGGAUGGGGAGACGUUGGCUUCUGUACGCCAUAACCAAAUUUGCCCUAUCAGGGAAGGUGGAGUCACAACCUUAAAGCCAGCAUCAGGGGUCUGUGUUUUCGCAAUCCAGGUGAAGAUUGAAAUGCAGGGUCCGCCUCGCCUGGCUUCGUUGUGGUUAGGGAAACGCACGCGCCAAUAAGAACCGAGCUUCUCUUUAUUUUGGUUGACUUUAAAGUUUCAGUGUUAUUAGCUUGUAAAUUAAGUCAUACUGUACGUGAAGGACCAGGGCUGUUCCCUGCUCCACCCCAAAUGCCUCCAGCCUUAUGCAAGACCUGUGUGCUGUUAAAAGUGCCAUUGAACAGUGUUAUAAUUUCUUCUUUACACAUGUAGCCAGUAUUAUGUCCCUCUGUUACCUACACAAGACCCAUAUUGACUAAUGUUUGUUGACUUGCACAGAACAGCUCAUUUGUUUCAAUAGCUGAAAUAUGCAUCCUGUGAAAUUUAUUUAAAUAUUUGCAAGGCCUAGAAAAGUAUUUGGACCACUUGUCUUCAACUAUCGAGUUUGGUCAUUGAUUUUAUGUUGGACUUCAUGUCACAAGUCAGUUUAAAAAAUGUUUACAUAAGUGUUUAAAAACAGAAAGUGUUCCGUUUUCUGCAGAUUGAAAUAUUUGAAGCUUAAGACACUCUGCUUCACCUGCUUGGCUCGGAAAGAAAUACAAAAAAUAAACAAAACCAAGAUGAAUUUGAUGUAAAAUGGAGACAGAAGGAUUUACUGUAAAGUAAAAAAUUCAGCCAAACUUGUGCACUUGUUUCGGAUAGUAAAAAAGAAAAGAAAAAGCUGUCUCGCACUUCAGGUAACAAACGUUAGUGAAUGUGGUCUCUGUCGAUGUGUUUUCAGUUGGUUUUACCGAACAGUGUUUAUAAAAUUAGUCUGUUUUAAUUUUCUUUUAUGUUUUAUGUUUUCGACAAUGGCAGUAUUAGAACCCUUUUCACAGAUUAAAAAACAAUUUACCUGUUUAGUUUUUAGAAGACUUUUUUAUAUUUAUGUGUCUUAUUUUUAUAUUUUCUUUUAUGGUUAUUUAUUACACAUUGUAACGUACAUUACUGUAGUUUGAAUUGAUACAAUAAUAUAUUUUAGUAUGAAAAAUAACCUUAAGACGAACAAAAAACCCCAACAUGUGGUUCUGGGAGCUGAAGUUUGUUUUAACAAAAAAAAAAAAAACUAAAAAGAUAAAACGUGUAUUCUGUAAACAUGACUUCUGUUAAGCUAAAAAAAAAAGACAGGAAUGAAGUGAGAAAUAGAAACUUGUUACAUGUGCAUCCGCUCUUUUGCGUCGUUAUGAAGCUACUGAAUUCUAAAACUCUGUGAUUUUAAAAGCAUGAGUCGCGUUUUAAUGAAGGAUUUUUAUGAAGCCUCCCUUUUGAUUUCGAAGCCAAAUUCCGAUGGUCCUGCCACCCUGUUUUCUGUUCUGUGCCAACUUCCAUUGUACUGUCGAAGGCUGCAUAUCACAUUAUUCUGUCCUCACCCUUUGUAAAUCCACUGUCUUUUUGUAUUGUUUUUAUUUUAGUUUUGCUUCAUUUUUAUGACUCCCCAUCACAAUAAAAUAUAAGAAAGCA